AGUAAACAAAACAAACCAAGCAGUUGCAAAUGUUUACUUCGGCUCUGCAAUUUAUAAUUAACGCCUUUUCCACCGACGGUUUGGAGGGGGUAAGUAAAUUGUCCUGAUUUGUUUUCUUUGAAUUUGAACCAAAAAAAUAUAUAAGCAAGUAAAAUAAAAGUACAAGCUUGUACCGACCUGUGUUAGGCUGGGCUGUGAGUUUAUAUUGACCAAAAAUUUAGCUUUCUAUUACACCUGUAAGCUAACUAUAUUAUGAACUCGUACAGUGUUUGUAUUUAUAGCUUAAUUUAAAUCGCCGUCCAAAAAAGUAAUAAUCACUGCAUGUACGUGAUAGUGUGUUUAAAUUCGUUCUUCAUUAGAGAAACUUUGUACACUCAGGUCCACCCCUGCAUUUAGUUUUAAAUGUAUAAAUACGCACUUGUCGCCUCCAAGUGGAAAGUCCCGCACCCUCCUGGACUUAGAUUAGACCAGGCUUGCCUUCUAAAUGAAGCAAAUUCCUUGCUAUGCGAAGCAAUUUCGUACAUCAAAACGCCACUUUUUUUCCCAGUCCCAGGGGCAAUACAGUCUUCAAAAAUCACAAAUGUAUUUAAUGUUGACCAAAAUUAAAAUAUUUCAAGGAUUUUUGCAUCGAAUUGAAUUUUUACAAAUAUUAGCAUCAACAAUGCUGUCCAUUUCUCACACAGCCAAAACAUAUUAUUAUAUUUGGAAAACACUUUACAAUAUUAUUAUUGUUAAGUUAAACCUUGACUCAUAGAAUUGGUAUUCCAAACUUCAUAACCUCUCCAACCAAGUGAUUAUGUUUACAUGAGCCCUCCAGCUUAUACUCCCACGCAGAACAAUGUUCCAGUUAUUUUCUAUUAGAAGCAAGAAUAUAAUGCUUCUUAUCCCGUACCAUAUUUUAUUCAAGAUGGUGUCAAAGGCUAAUCCCUGUGUAAACCCUGCUAAUGGUUCCCUGCUGGCUGAUACUGGCAUCUAGUACUGUCCAAAACCCUGCAUACAGUGGCAAAAGUGACAGUCUAAAACUGCUGGAAUCGCCCGCUAAUGCCUAUCAUUCCGUGGGUAUGGGGGUGAGGAGCAAGGAGACUCAAUCAUAGACUACUUUAUGUUUAUUUGGUAAAUCAAUGUGCUUAUAUUCAUGAUCGAAGCGAUUAUACAUGAUUAGAUAAGCUAUUACAAGAGGAUAUACGUGGUUUCCUUUCUGGAACCCUAAGCACAUGCAUUGUUACACCCUAUUUAGUUACGCAAAUCCUGUGCAGCUAGAUACGAGAAAUCAACACAUCCUACACAAAUCCUAUCUGGUAAAAGGGUGUAAUUUCCACAUUAUAGGAACAUCCUAUUUUGUAGCUUUGCACAAAACACAUACUUGCACGCUUGCUUUAGCAGCAGUACAAUCAUAUUUCCGGAUUGUAACAACAGCUGUUUAUCAACUUAGAACUAACAUGUCACUAUUAGAUGAACCAAGUGUCACACUUAUUUUAACUUUACUACAGCACUAAUAAAGAAUCUUUAAACUAAUUUCAGCAUUUCAGCCUAUGACGUUAAACUUAAGAGAUGCCUGCAUAUGAAAAGACUGCCAUGAUCGAUGAUCUCACAGUUGAUGACAAGGCGAAAGAUGAAGAAGGAAUCUCACAAAGUAAGCCAUCAAUGAAAGAUCUGAAUGCUCUGGUGAAAGAUGUAGUUUCACGUAGCUCCUGGUGGGAUCUUUAUGGCAUUGACCUAGCCAUCAUGUGUAUCAACUUUGCACUGCUGCCAAUCAGCUUACUACUUUUGGGAUCUGCCAAUGUUCCUGUGUUUGUUGGUGGUUAUCUUCUGUUAGCCUACAUUAACGCCACCUUUACUGUAAAGUUGGCUCAUGCAGUUAUUCACAAUGCACUCGCUGGCUCAUCGCAUUUCUGGAAUGGCCUUCUGUCCAUAUUCUUUAUCGAGAUCUGGGGAGGUUUUACGGUAGAAGGCUCUUAUGAAGCUCACAUCCAGUUUCAUCAUCCUUACACCAAUGUAAUAGGCCUUGGUGACUCAAGUUCAUGGCGAGUACCUUCCUUGGGCUGCGAUACAUACCUAUUUAUUGCACCUCUUUUCCUACACUUGCUUUACCCUCUAGUUGGCCUCAAAUUGCUUGCUGGGCGUUGGUGGUCCAAAGCCCGAUACCUGUGUCUAACAUUCGUAGGCUACAUGAUGCAUUUCUGUUUGUUGCACUACAUUGCUGGUCUGUCCAUACCAGGUGCUAUCUUGUGCUACUUUACUAUGCGUUCAGUAUUUUCCAUUCCUUACAUCCAUGUUAAUAUAUUCCAGCACAUUGGCUUACCAAUGUAUGAUGUUAAAAAGCGUCCAAAGCGACUGUACCAGAUGGCUUCAUCGGCCCUUAAUCUCCCUCGAAAUCUUCUCCUUGAUUUCUCCUUUGGUCACUCAAUAAUCAGCUGUCAUGUGGAGCAUCAUCUAUUUCCGCGACUGUCUGAUAACAUGUGCCUAAAGAUCAAACCUGUGGUAUCCACCUACCUUAAGAGCAAUGGCCUUCCAUACCAUGAGGCCCCCUAUCUCAGUCUACUGUGGAAAUUUUACAACAAUUAUGAUGAACUUAUGGUCAAAGCACCACCAAUCACGGAGUUGAUUGGUAUACAGUAAAGAGAUAGCCGGCGUUGCAGACUUAAAUCAACUUUGGUUAGUAACAUCUUCCAAGCAGCGCCAAGAUCCUUGUCCCUGCAGCCCCUAUUGGGCUCAAGAAUCCUGAUUGGCAAAUUGGUAAUGUCUCUUAUAACAGGGCCAGUCAUGGCUCCUACUCAAAUUCUGGUAGACAGCUGGGAGCCCAGAACAAGGAUUUCAGCACUGUUUUGCAGAUGGACUUAACCAGAGUUUAGUUUUGUCUGUUAGAGCCCUUAUCACUUUUGCAGCUGUGAAGAGCAUUAGCUAAAAAGUUGCUUGUAACGAUGCAUUGACUGUGUAAAUGGUGUCUUGGGAAAAAAUAAAAUCGACUCCCAACAAUUCGAAUCUUCAAGGGAAGUAGAAAAAAGUUCGCGUUUUUGGGAGUUUGAGUUAUCGAGGGUAAAAUAAUAUAGAAAAUGAUCUAAGGGGAAAUGAAAAUUGCUUCGAGUUAGCAGGAGGUUGGAGUUAUGGAGGGUUCAAGUUACCGGGAGUCAACUGUACUUCUGUUAGCUGGGAUUCAGGGGUAGAGUUCUUUGUUUUACUUGAGAAAUGUCACUAAGUCUCGUUUAUACACAACUGCAAUUUUUUUGAACGGCUUUAAAGUCUCUGAUAUAGAUCAACUCAUUCUUGCACUAGAAUUUAAAUCUGGGGUUAUUUUGGUCUAAAAACCUGGAAGUAAAGUUAAGCCGUGUCUUUAUCAGAUAUAAAGACACUCAUAAAACAUUACUUUCUUUUGGUUUUUUAUGAAUUAUUUAUGAGUUUUUGAAGUAUUCAGGUAUGUUUCACCAGCUAUUAAGCAUCUGAAAAAAUUGUCAUUCUUCAAAAGAUUUCACAAAAAUAAUUAUCAUCGUAGUGAAGUUUAUUGUAUUUUUGUUCUUGUGUCUUCCAAUAAAUUUCAUAAUAUUUAAUAAAGUUAUUUAACUUCUAAAUGAAUGCCACAUUUGUUUUGGAUCUGGAGUAAUAAUAUUCCUGAUAUGGACUGAUAUGUAGUUUUAAAAUUACAUGUAACAUCUGUACACUGAAACUAAAUCAGUUUAAAUUGAUUAUUGUUUAUCUGACAGGAAAAUAUUCUUUAAAAGACAUAUGUAACUAAUAGUUACUAAAAGUUUUUCAAGGAAGAAGGGCAGUGUUUGUGGCCCAGCAGUAGUGGCAAUAUACAGUUAUUAAAAUGAUGCAGUUUGUUGGGCACUUGUAAGCUGGAUUUUUGUCUUUACUGUAACAGAGGGAUUAAGAUGACCCUCACGUCAGAUACUGAUAUCUACGUUCAAACAGCAUUUUACUAUAACUGGCACCAUUUUACUCUACUCUACCAUGGCGGGAGAGCAUUUGAGAUUAUUAUUACUAAUAAUAUCUUAACUUCAGGUAUUUUAGUUUUAACACAACUUUGCUGCUCACUCAGAACACUUCUUAGUCAUUUAACUUCUGUAAGCCAC